UUUAAUUUCAAGAAAGCCUGGCUCCUGCCUGCUCCUCUCUCCCCCAUCCGCCCCCCCUGUCCUCCCCAAGUCCGCCGCCUUCCCGGAAGAUUCCCUCCUGUGGAGCGCGGGUGGCGUGGCACGUCUCUUUCCGCUCCAAGGUGCUCCCUCCAGUGCUCAAGCUUUCCUUUCCCCCAAGCAAGCGGCCUACUACUUCCUGGCACGUUUUUGCAGCACCUUCAAAUCACAUCCUUCUUUUGUCUCCUUGGCCCCACGCCCCCUUUCAACCCCCAUCCCCCCUCCCAGCUCCAAGGUGCUCCCUCUGGUGCUCAAGCCCUCCCCCAAGCAAGCGGCCUCCCCCAAGCAAACAGGAUACAACGGGGCUGCUUUCAACCCCUCCUCCACAUCCCAUCAUUCCCCAUCAUCCCCCAUUCCCCCCCUCCCAGCUCCUAGGCUCGCCCUCCUCUCCCCCCUGCCUUCACUCCCCCCUUGCAUUAUCCCUUUCAAUGCGUGCGUUUUGAGUCGGUCAAAACUCCCCUGCGCUCGUAUUUCCCUCCCUGCCCUUGCUGCCCCCUUGCGUGUUUGGCCGCAGCUUGAAGCGACCUCCACUCCCGCUUACCUCGUGAACCCUGGGAGUGGAGGUGGGUGGUGUGAUUGA